UCAGGCCUGCUAUUCCGUGAAAUGGAGAACCUAUUUGCCAGGGGAUUGUUUCCGGUCUCAAGUUUCUAUGCUUGAGGUGGUUGUUCACCCGGUACAUUCUUUCCUCAGCCAGUGCGUUGUGUUUGACAUUGGAUUCUGCAUAUCGCCGUGGUCAUUUGCAGCAGCUCUGUUAACAGCUGUGAUGUUUCAUGCAUGUGGUUAUUAGUGACUUUGGCCGGUGACGUUUGCAGCUAUUCCGGUACAUGGGCUUCAGUGCAGGAGGGGGUGCUUGCGCCGCCCCUCUGCUGUACGGGCGCGUGGCACAUGCCAGUGUCGCCUGGAAUGUAACUCCUGCUUAGAAGCUUCAUUCAGUGGAGAAGAGAGAAUGUGAUGAGGUUGUGCUGUGUACUUGUACUGACGGCAUAUUUUUUUUACCAGGCGUGGGCCAUCCCCUGAUUUCAUAGGUGCCAAACAUUUUUACGUUUUUCAAAAAGUAAAUCAAUAAACUGAUGAUGAAUGUUACUACAGCGCACUGUUGUGCAGAUAUCAAUAGCAUAACUGCAGCAGAUUUAGGCCACGGUUUCAUGACCAGUGAUAGCUACAUGUACUUGUAUCAGUCGUUCCUGCAACAUGUGGCCUUUCCCCAUGUAGAGCCCAAAUCGGUUUUCAUUGAAUGUUCAGAAGGCCGUUUACUCGCUGCACAUGUGUAUUGUCACUGCUCCACGGGCCGGACUUGGAGCUGAAGCACACGUAUGUAGCUGUCAUGACAUGUCCUGCCUGUCCUCUCUGCUGUCAGCCAAGACCGCCCGGUGUCACAUUGUGUAUAUUCUUAGCACAAUCUGUCGGCAGUAGCGCUGACCGCUUGCUGUUUACCUGGGAUCAUCAACGACAAUACCAAGGAUGUCAACUGCCGUCUCCAGGGGUUAUGGAGCAACGCAGCUCACACUCUCUUCCAGAGAACCCAAAAGAAUCUCUCAGCCACUCCGUGUGCUGCUUCAAGCGUUAGCUUCCGGAAGUCACAGUCCGCAUGCACUAUGUGAGCCUGUGCUCUCUGUGCAAGGAGGCUCUUGCAGUGGUGCUUCAGUUGGAGAUGGGAGAGAUCAUUCAAUGGAGGUGGAUAUCGGCCAGAACUAGCUGCCUGAAGUUGUGCACCGGGAGAGGAGAUACCAACAGCACUGUCAGAUAGUCCAUUGAAACUGAAGUCAUGGAGGCUAACGCCACUGCGGACACGCCCAGUACUGGACUAUCAAGCAGCUACUACACACUCGUGAUGGGUGUAGUCAUUGCCGUUCUCGUCCCGCUCUUUCUAUUCCUCGUCGUGUACCUUCUCAUUAGCAACCAAAGGCUGAGAAAGACGCUUGCGGCCAGUAAGCAACCCCUCACCGAGAAUAAGGAUGCCAGCGAUAGGGAGAAGUCGAACAAGGCAGCUAAAGGUAUUGCACCCGAAACGAAGGAGGUAUUGGGUUCAAGCCUGGCUGGCAGUAACGCGGAGUCACUGCGCUGUUGCGCAACACCACCAGCACAGAUCGACGGACCACAUUCAUAUGAGGAUGUAGACUUCAUAUCUCAGCCUCUCAUCCCGGCCUCGUCACUGACCAGCAGCCACCGAAGCAAUACAGCCCACCACCAGCAGAAUGAGAUUGCUCUGAGCUUCUUGGUGGACUCACUUCAGUCCAAAGAGGCCAGCACCGACCCGGUCAGGCACACCGUGUCCGCUAAGCACCCGGUGUCUCCACUGGCUGCACCCGGUCCCACCCCACUACCAGGCGUGAUGAUGAUGGAACGACAGAGAGCACACACAGAACAUACAGCUAGUAGCAGUGGGGAGAUGACUGGAGCAACGUGGCCCGUACAGCAACUUUCAUCACUCAUGCACAUUGCCAUUGAUAUGAGACAACAGGCCCCGUUACCAAGCCAACAGGCCUCGCUACCAAGACAACAGUCCCCGCUACCAAGCCAACAUGCCCCGUUGCCAAUACAACAUGACUCAUUACCACCACAACUACCCAGUGAACAUUCUGUUAGAGUGGACAGUGCUGGCAGCAGGUCUGCUGGCGUGAUGCCAGCGUCAUUUCUACGGGAUGAUCAAGUCACCGGCGUCGAGUUCUACUCACCCGGCGACUGGAACGCAGGUGCGCUGGGACUUUCCCACGCUAGCACACCCCAGCGCCCGUAUGCUGCACAACUUGGCGUGGACGAUGGUGACGGCGUGUGUACCCAUAGUGUGUCCGCACACUUUGCCGAGCAAGCGGAGAAAGCACAGGAGUACUGCUUGUCCAUCAGAAAACGGCCACCGCUGCGAGCUGACACGACACUGCUUUACAGUGCAACAGAUGACACACAUGCUGACAUACACACAGCAGUGUCAGCCCAGAACACACCAUGCCAUGCGGCAGUGACCGGCAAUGAUGAUGCAACCAGAAGCGCAACCACCACUGGUUCAAGUGCUGCUACAUGCCUGGAUCCAGAUACUGAUGUUCCUCCAUCGGCGCAGCAUACGUCGUCAAGCUCUGGCCAACACAUACUGCUGAGUAGCACCGGUGUUCAGGGAAGUGGCAGUGUGGCCUCACCUGCAUGCACACCUGGAGAUUCCGGACAGCAGUGUGGGUCUAGCAUGUACUACGAUAUCCCUAUUGAUUCUAACGACGCGAUGGCGUGCAGGCAAGCCGCACCGGUUCCCAGCGCACAGGGCAAUGCACCUUCCAGCGCCGGCUCUCCGACACGAAAGUACGGCGUCGGCCACGAACCACCCUACUACGAGUGUCCUCUAGACUCGCCAACACAGCCGCCGGCCGGUGCACAGCGCACAAAUGAGACCUACUCUUACGUGUUGCAUCAGCCAAGGCUCCUGUCUUACCCAGGCGUGCGCAACGAUCAGAAGGCGGAAACUGAUGUUGGCUUGAGCUCUGCUGUGGGCAGUGUGUCCGCAGAUCGUGCCAACACUGACCAAGCCAGCGAUGUCACCGGUGUGACUGCACAGUCUUCAUGGACAGCCGGUGUAGAUACUCCGGAGGAAGCUGCACGGCGUAGGGUUGGUGACAAUCUGAUUGAUCACAAUGAUGACACAAUGUCCGGCGAUGAAGUUCCGCGACAAGACGGGCAAAGUCCUGGCACGGGCAGCAAGGCGGACGGUCCGCCAAGUGGUGGCAACAUUUGGACUUCUGUCUAUCCACAGGAUGGUGGACGGCGGAUGACUAUCCCACAGGAUGGCGGACGGCGGGUGUCUAGCACAUCGACUGAUGCAGCAGUGUCACCAGCAGAGAGGCUGCACACAGACUACGAUAUACAUGUACACAUGGGUGCAGGGCAUCAUCCUUCAGUCAUAACACUUGGAAGUGAUAGCCACUCAAAUCAGUCAGUCCCAAGUACAAGUGAAUCAAGUAUUCCUCUAGCCACCGAGAAGGCAGAAGCAACACGCACAGGUGCACACAUCACUGCCAGCGUCGAAGGCUUAGAUGAGGGGACAGAAGGCGACAAACAAAACAGUCUACCUCUCCGGCUUUCCCGGCCCGCCUCCACAGCAACUGUAGAGAGCAGUGGUGAGGCUGGCGUGCCACAUGAGGGCAAAGAGGACAAACAAGAGCACUGUCUAGAGAGUAAAGUCUGCGAUGCAGCCACUGUCGAUCCUCUGGUGCAUGGAGCAGCAAGUGUGCAGGAAUCACCUGUGGGGCGAUCACACCAUUCUUCAACAGCCAGUGUAGGCCUGUGUUCAACACAACCCGAGACUAGCAGUACUCCGCCACCAGAACGACAGGCUGGAAAGCCACCCAUCGCUCAUCCUUGUGGAGAUCGUAAUGUGUACGUGACAAUGACGGUUUCCCAAGAGAUGGAUGUUGACAAUCUGGGCAGAGAUGCUCUCGGUAAGAUGAUAACGUCUGCCAAAGCAUCACGGACUAGCAGUAAGAUGAUAACGUCUGCCAAAGCAUCACAGACUAUCAGUAAGAUGAUAACGUCUGCCAAAGCAUCACGGACUAGCAGUAGUGGUAUUUACCUGCCAUCAGGUGCCAAUGAGACCGCCCCGCAGACUCUGACUCACGUGCUACACGAUCAACCUGCCGAUGAUGAUGAUGGCCAUGACACGUACGUAGUGAUGGAGAAACCGUCAACGCAGUCCUCCAUAAUAGUUCCACAGGUUAUUGUUCCACUUCACGAUGAGCAGCAGAGUCUUUCUGGCCAUCAGGUACCCGCAUUACAGGAUAGCUUGCAAACACUGCAUGGUGCGGGAAGAGUGAGUAUGGUUCAUACUAAAGAUAGUUGCAAUCUUCACCAGGAAGAUGCUGAGACCGCCGCGGCAGUGGACGUGUGCAUACGCAGUGCAGAAGUGGCAAACUCACCGGAGUGCAGCCCCUCUAUAAAACCAACACCAGACAAGCAACACACAUCGUCGGAUGGCUCUUCGCGAAAAUGCCCACAGUCACCAAAGUCGCCACCGCAGUCUCGGCAUCGCAAACGCUCCAGUCGCAGAAAGCCGCGCAAGGACUCCAGCUCAUCAUCAGUUCCCCGCUCUCUAGGUUCCGAGAGCAUGAGGACCAGCUGUGACAAUACAGCAGAGGAUACACGGCAGUCAAGCAUGACUGUAUCGGAAUUGCCACCCGCAGUCUCUUCCAACACACUGGAUUCACUAGUGAAUCGAGAUCGGGCUAUCGCGGCCUGCACCCACCGGCAAAGCAGAGGCCCGUACAGAAGAAUGGCAGAUUCAGACCUGGAAGACUAUCAGAUAAUCAGUGAUGAGGAUGAGGAUGACGAGGACAGCGAUUAUGAACGCAUCAAAGACGAUACUGGAGGAACUCGGGAUGAAGCCAACGGCAAACGCAAUCAUCUCAGUGAAUCUGGUCGAUCAGCCAGAUUAGGCUUCCUAGGUCAGGUCCAGCCGGAGGAGAGUGACGAUGUGUGGCAAGCAGUUUCCAUCCCAGAGGAGAUUGAAUCAGAUUGUGACUGGCCAUGCGUGUACGACGACGACGACGAUGAUGCCAUGGACGAAAAAGGCUCACAAAUUGCACCUUACGCGUCCGGGGAUGAGUACACGGAGGAAGCCAUGCUCCAGCGGCGACGUCAUCUCGGAACUGCUGGCUCCGUCAUACCGACGUACAAUUCCGAAGACGAGCUGCUGGAUGAUUACGCUGGAAGGCAGCGCAUGAGGGACAUUGAGGUCAACCCCGGCCUGGCUGCACUGGGGAAUGCCGGACAUAUCCAAGACAAUAUGCGCACACCUGUACCGCUCCCACGGCGUUGAGCAGUUUAAAAGUACAAUUUCCAGUAGUAAAAGCUGCUAAGCAGCACUUGAUAUGAUGAAAGAUUUCAAUCUUGAGUUUCCCCUUUUUUUUAACAUCCUAGGCUGCAAGUACCCCUUCCCCUGUACAUAUGCUGACAUGGUUAACACACCAUCUAUCAUGCUGCCUGACUCGUGAUGAUUGUGCAUGAACCUCGGAGUACUAGUAGCACCAUACCAGUAGCCUCGUUACACUGUUGUAUUAUAAUUCUUGAGUUUCAAACUAGCUUUCAGUACACCACCACCACCAUCUCCACUAGUCCCCGACACUGCACUACACAGAGAUGAGCAGCAAGCUUAGUUAGAGGCAUUUGCACCUUUUUUUGUCGCAAGUCGUUGGUGUUUCCAUAGGCAUACUGUGCCCGGUAUGUGUUUUUCUGGUGCUUUCUAGAAGUGUGAUGGAUGAUCACAAUGUAUACCACACUGUGGAACCAUGCUACUGAACUUGAUUGCUCCAGACCGCAGUGUCGUCUGGCAAUGAAA